AUGACGGGGAGCAAUGUAAUGGGCAAGGCCAGCGUGGUUAGCAGCGAAAAGGGUGGCUUGGUGCUUGGUGCAGGCUUGUCUGACGCUGGGCCCUUGGCCAGCCCGCUCCCUUGCCUGUUGAGGCUGACAUGGAAGCGCCAUCAGUCUGCUUCUGGUCGAUUAGAAUGGCGCGGCGGCAGGUUUGGGUUGGGAUGGAUACAAGCGACGGCGAUGCUGUGGGCUGGCUUUCCCACAUGGGCUUGCCUCUCGCCAGGGCCUGAUUACUCAGCCAUCACCAAGCACCCCAAGUCCAAGUCAACACACGCCUGCCACUCGCCUCCCGCCCCCUGCCUAGGCGCAUGCACCAGACGAUCAUUGGCAAUCGCUUUUAGGCAAUCCCAUUACUCGGUCGGUCGCUCUGCAGCAGAUAGUACUAUGUACUUACGGAGCAUCCUACUUGUACUGACAUCCUACUACAUGCUCGAUACGUGCGUACUGCAUAGAUUACUCUACCCUCUUGACACCUUUACUCUUUCACCUCCAUGCAUCUGCAUCCUCCUGUCAUGCACACACACACACACGCACAGUCGAUCCCCUUUGCACGUCACAUCCGACGCCCCAUGUUUCCCUUGA